AAGCACCCAAAACCCUCACUGCCCCCCACCCACUCGCGAUAGAGGCCAAGCAAUUAGGGUUCGUAAAUCCUCUGCACCAUAGCUGACAAACAUUUCUUCAACGAGGAGCUGAAGCCCCAACUCUCAUUUUCUCGCCAUUUUCUUCUAUCUUCAAUUCUUUGCGAGGAAAAGGAAAAGUUGGAUCUUCUCUUCAGGUACUAUCAGAGUGACCCCAAGUUCACCAUCACUACUUACACCUCCAUUGGAGUAUUUAAAAUUUAAAUCAAGCUACUAGUGGAUCUGCAGAUCGAUCGAGCUAGCUAGAGUGGAGACUUCACCCGGAAACUUGCUUAAUCUUCUGCAUUCAUUCUUCUUAGUAUUUGUCUAAUCUGAAAAAUCAAUCAAGAAAUAAAGUUGAUGGAAGCGUUCCUCUGAAUCGUUGGCACCAAGUUGGUACUGGUGGAAUAGGAAAUGUGGUACUGUACUGAUGGGGCCAAGCUUACAUGCAUUCCUUUCAUUUAGAGUUGGACGCUCAAGAGAAUGAGUAUUUAGGAACUGAAAAAAAUAUUUAAGAGAGAGUAGAGAGAAGCCGAACGUGUUUCUUUUCCUCCUAGUUGAAAUCGACGGCGAGAUGGGACAAGCAAUCUUUCCUCGCAGUAUCCAACGGUGGAGAUUAGCCCACCAGAAAACAAGCACCCAAAACCCUCACCGCUCCCCUCUCGCGAUGGAGGGUUCGCGAGUCCUCUGCACCAUCCGCUGAUAAACAUUUCUUCAACGAGGAGCUGAAGCCCCGACUCUCAUUUUCUCGCCAUUUUCUUGGAUCUUCACUUCUUUGCGAGGAAAAAAAAAAGUUGGUUAAGGGCCCUGGUCUCUACUCCGACGUCGGCAAGAAAGCCAGAGAUAUUCUCUGCAGGGACUAUCAGAGUGACCACAACUUCACGAUCACUACUUACACCUCCACUGGAGUAAUCGAUCUAGAGCUAGCUAGAGUGGAGACUUUACCCAGAAACUUGCUUAAUCUUCUGCAUUCAUUCUUCUCUGUAUUUUUCUAAUCUGAAAAAUCAAUCAAGAAAUAAAGUUGAUGGAAGCAUUCCUCUGAAUCGUUGGCACCAAGUUGGUACUGGAGGAAUAGGAAAAGGAAAUGUGAGGUGCAAGCUUCGAUCUCUAUAUCUGAUCGGAAUCCUUCAACGCUCUCUCUUUCUCAGCCUCGAUUUCUCCUUUUUUUUUCGAAACGAAUAGCCAGUGGAGGCUUUCAAUCUUCUCUCCUCAACGCAGCAGUGGGAAGUCAAGUAUCAGACGAUCAACGAAACAUGGGUUCCAGAUGAAUGGCAAGAAUCUCAAUACGAGGAACCUCUCAUAUUAGAAACUUGUUUCUCUCUCAUCCCACUGCACUUCCCUCCAGAUGUGCUCUCUAUUCUUCUGCCUUUAGCUCUUCAUCGUCUAAGGAUAGCACAACUUGUCUCUACCAUUCCAUCGUUGCUCUCUUCAAAACAUGUCAAAACACAAGACACUUGUUUCAAAUCCAAGCUCACUUGAUCACCUCGGGGCUAUUUCUCAACCCUUUUCUCGCCGCCAGAGUUCUCCAACACUCUGCAGAUUACUGCGACAUCAACUACACCGUGUUGGUUUUUGGAUUCAUUGAAUUACCCCACACUUAUUGCAUAAAUACCCUCAUCAAGGCGUACUCAGUUAGCGAUGUGCCCCACGAAGCUGUGUCAUCCUAUUUUGAGAUGUUGCGGAAUGGGUUCUUCCCUAACAGCUUCACUUACCCUCCGCUAAUUAGUUCUUGCGCCAAAGAUGGUCGGUUGGAAAAUGGGAAGAAAUGCCAUGGGCAGGCUAUUAAGAACGGCGUUGAUGAUGUACUGCCAGUGUGUAACUCGUUGAUUCACAUGUACAGUAGUUGUGGUGAUGUUGAAACGGCCGUGCAGAUGUUUGAUAGAAUGUCUCAAAGGGAUUUGGUGUCUUGGAAUUCGAUUGUUGAUGGGCAUGCUAGAUUUGGAGACUUGAGUGUUGCGCGCAGGCUGUUUGGGGCAAUGCCACAGAGAAAUGUGAUUUCUUGGAACAUAAUGAUUGUUGGGUAUUUGAGAGAUGGGAACCCGGGGUGUGGGUUGAAGUUAUUUAGGGGAAUGACGAAUAAAGGAAUGAGAGGGAAUGAUACCACGAUGGUAAGUGUGCUUACUGCUUGUGGUCGAUCAGCUAGAUUGAAGGAAGGCAGAUCAGUUCAUGGGGCUCUUGUGAGGACACUCCUAAAAUCGAGUUUAAUCGUGAAUACUGCUUUGAUUGAUAUGUAUAGCAAAUGCCGGAGGGUGAGUGUUGCGCAGAAAGUGUUUGACGGGAUGAUUGAGAGGAAUUUGGUUUGCUGGAAUGCAAUGAUUCUGGGGCAUUGCAUUCAUGGGAAUCCAGAAGACGGGCUUAAUCUGUUUGCAGAAAUGGUGGAUAGAUUGAGGUAUGUAGAUGAAGAUGGAAUGAUCGACUUUCCUAAGGCAAUGAAUUCAGAUAAAGGAGGAGUUUUCCCAGAUGAAAUUACCUUUGUUGGUGUUUUGUGUUCUUGUGCCCGCGCUGGAUUGUUGAUACGGGGAAAAAAUUACUUUAGCCAAAUGAUUAAUCAAUUUUGUAUAAAGCCCACUUUUGCACAUUACUGGUGCAUGGCCAAUCUCUUUGCUGGUGUUGGGCUAAUUCAAGAGGCAGUUGAAACCUUAAAGAGCAUGCCAUUGGAUGAUGCAAAUGCAUCACAACAAUCCACAAUUUGGGCUGGUUUGCUCGGUUUAUGUCGUUUCCAAGGAUAUGUAACUUUGGGAGAGCAAAUAGCCAAGUCUUUGAUCAAAUUAGAACCUCAAAAUUUGUCAUACUAUGCGUUGUUAUUGAAUAUCUAUGCUGUGGCAGGCCAAUGGGAUGAUGUUGCUAGGGUGAAAGAGAUUAUGAAGGUUAAAGGAUUUGGAGAAAUGCCGGGUUGUAGUCUCAUGGACUUGAAAAAAAUUGUUCACGAGUUCAAAGUGGGAGAUCGAUGGCAAAUGGGGGUGGAGGAGGUAGGCAUGGUGAUCAAUACACUUGCUCAGCGACUAAACUCGUCAACCACUGGUUCACAACCACAACCACUGUUGGAGACACAAGUCAAAAGUUAGUGUCAACCCCAUUACAUGUGAAAAAUAAAAUUGCCUGGAUAUGGAUUGUCUAGUCAGGAUGAUGCAUCUCCUAACUUUUUUGUUCUAAAUUUUGGUUGAGAAAAUGAUUCAUUAAUCCCAUCUUAAAAUUAUUGUGAUAUGGCUUAUCAUGCGAGAAUAAUGUUGAUGAUAAUUGUGAUGAAUUGAAUUGAAUUGAAUUUUUUUAAAAAGUA